AUGGACUUGCCGCCUCCCCAUGUGAUCGACUACGCUUUGGAAAGCUAUUCAUAUUCUGUGCAUUGGUUCAUGCUGUUAUUGCAUGAACCUUCUUUGAACGCUGAACUUAAAGGGCUUAUCACCACGGGCUUUGUCCGCGCCGAUCGAAUCUCUUUUCUGAUUCUCGUUGUCUUGGUCAUUGGUAUAGGCGCGAAGUACUCAACCAGAUCCGAAGCUGAAGCGAGAUGCCCGGGGUUUGACAUGGACAGGCUUGGAAACCAGCUCAUCCGCAAAGCAGAAGAACGACUUCUUGAUGUCUUCGAUCAACCCAGCAUUGAGGCUGUCCAAAUCUCGAUCCUUCUAUCGUCAUACUAUGUCUACCAUAGCAGACCAAAUCGCAGCUUUGCCUUGGUGGGGAGUGCAUUGAAAGUUGCUCAAGCGUUAGGACUGCAGCAGGAAUCACGCUGGAAGAUGGACGACCCUGUCCUGCGAGAGGUAUGGCGGCGGCUAUGCUGGGCACUUUAUACGGCCGAGGUGUUUAGUGCCAUCUCAUUUGGGACUCCCUGUAACGUCCAUGACAGUGACUGGGACGUUUCUUUCCCCGGAAACAUCGAUGAUACCUCAACAACUUGCCCUGGUUUUGAUUCGAUUGAACGGUACGAGGAUGAAGCAUUCGGGCCAGUUACCAUAGCAUCCUACCAGAGAUACAAGUUUCGACUGUAUCGGAUCGCCUCUACAAUCACUCGCAACAUCUAUCUCCGGAGUGGAGCAACGCUUCCUGAAGUUGUCCGAGAAAUCAAAGCGAUCAAUCACCGCCUGUUACAGUGGGAAAAAUGUAUACCGCCGGAAUUGCGGCUCAAGAAUUUAAAGUACAGCAGCACCGACAGGACGAGUACGAGCACCAUCCGAACCUUCCAGCUUCAAGCGCUAGCCCUUCAACUCUCUUAUGACAAUAUUCAAUUGGUACUGCAUAGGCCUCUAUUGACGAUAAACCGCGUCCCCCGGUCUCCCCAUGCAGCACCACAAGUAGGCAAUGAUCCAGACCAAAUGGUACUGCACACUAGCAUUGAAGCGGUUGAUACGACGAUGAUCAGGACAAGUAAGUACCAAUGCUGGGUUUCGUCGAUGAGAACAUCAAAGAUUGGCGAACACGCCGAGAUCCUGGCUGCUGCUCAAAACACUCAUGGAGCAGCUUACGCUGGGAUCCAGUCCUUCACCGCUGGUGUUGUCCUUGGCAUCUUCGCUCUCUCCGAUCCCAGCUCAGAUCAGGCUCAUCAAGCGAAACGUGCGGUGGGCAGGAUCAUCAAGCUGCCUCAGCUACAUCGAUUUCGCACAACGGUGUCUGAUCAGUGUGGUGUAAUUCUGGAAGAGCUUAUCCGGUUGAUCCUCGCGGAAGAGAUGAAGGCCUUAUUGACAGAAGCAGAGUCGUCAGGUCAGGACCGUGCACAGAACAGGCUCGUCGCUGAAUAUCCUCUCAUCGAUGAGCUUUCCCCGCUCAUGAAGCCUUACGGAGUGCAGUCUCCUAACAAUGAAAACAACGUGCCGGCGCAAGAUGGUAGUAUCUUUGGCGGGACUGGUAUAGACGCGCCUGAGCUGUUUUCCCACCCCGCGGGCGAACUGCCCCGGGAUAUCGGCUCAGGCAACUUCAGUGACGCUCUUCUUUCUCUACAAGAUGGUUUGAUGCCCUUAGGCCUGUCUUUCACCCCUUUCUAA